AUAUUAUAAAUGUGAAAGUAAUUCUAUCUGUCUGUCACGCCAAAACUAUUGAACCGAUCGUAAAACCGUUCUUGGAUUGUAAUUUCAAUGGCCGGCGGUGAAAUUUUGCUUAAAAAUUGUUUGUUUAAGUCAAUGAUUAAGUAUCUCUGUCUGUUUGUCUGUCUCUCGCUGAGAAAUAAAAUCAAAUAAGCUAAUAUUUCAAGAUGAAAUUCAUAAGUUUUUUUUUAAAUAUUGCAAUCGGCCGUUUUGCGACUCCUAAAGGAGUCUACACACCAAACCCGCCGACCCGCCGACACAGCCCGGCGGCUUGGUGUCGGCGACUUUGCUUCAAGAAUCAUGUCGGCGACUCGUACCCGCGCGUGCAAGUCGGCGGCAUGGCCGGCGACUUGCGUACGCGCACGCUCAGUUGCCCGCCGACACUCCAGCGAUAGUGACGUGCUUGUGUUUUUUUUGCGAUUUUCUGCAAUAAUGGAAUGGGACGAAGAAACCACUCUAAAGUUAAUAAAUUUGUAUCAUAUAAAGGAAUUAUUAUGGAAUCCAAAACACUUGGAUCACAAAUGUAGACCUAAACGUUUUGAUGCACUAAAUGAGAUGGCAAACGAAUUAAAUACAAAUGUCACAGAAAUAGAACGGAAGAUAAAAAAUUUGACGAGCCAAUAUUAUAGAGAAAGAAAAAAGACGAUUGAAUCAAAAAAGUCUGGAACCAGCGCAGAUUCUGUUCAUGAGAGCAAGUGGUUUGCCUUUAAAUCUUUGAAUUUCUUGCUCAAUAAAAAUAAACCUACUGGAACAAUCGAUACGGAGAUAACAGCAACUGACAAUAAUGCCCAACAUGCGGACAAUGAUGCUCAACAUGGGGAAAACGAUUCACCUCAAACGUCAAACAUCAUUCCCCAAGCGAAUAAACGUUAUAAACCUAAUCCAAGUAAUGAGAUGGUGUCGGAAGCAUUAAAUUUAAUGAGAACAGUCAGUCAACGGACAAAUCAAAAAAUAAAAGAUGAGGACGAUUUGUUUGGCGAAUAUAUUGCGACACAACUUAGAAAAUUUGAUAAAACAACAAAGGCAAUAAUAAAACAUCGGAUUAACAAUAUCUUUUUUGAAACCGAAACUGGAUAUCGUUCAGACAUGUUCGAAGCUUCGCCAAGACCUUCUACUUCCCAUAGUCAUCCAGGAUAUUAUACAAUGGAUCAAUGUGAUGUAAAUUCCUACUACUCAUCAUCCAACUCUGCCGUAACAAACCCUGUUUCACCGCCUCUUGGUGAACCUUCAACAUCUUCAAUUGAACCUUCGUUACGUGUGUCGCUUCAAGAGAGUGGUGAUAUUGAGAACAUAUUAUCAUCUAUUGAGUCAGAUAAAUAGGUUUAUUCCACAAAUCCCCACCGUAUGCACUCUGAGAAUAACCCUAUCACCUGAUGCGAGAUAACGUUAUGUAGGCACAAGUAUUUCGUCUUAAUGUUGUUAUCAUAGAAUCGUCAUAGUAUACUCAAAAUGCAUAAAAACAUCAGUGGGGAUUUCACGGUGGGGAUUUAUAGAAUAACUCGGUAAAUAAAACCACUUAUAAAUGAACAAAAACAAGUGAUUUACGAAGUUUUUAAUACAAAUUAUAAUAAAAAUAAAAGUACUAAUACAA